GUUGUUGGACAUUUGGGUUGGUUCCAAGUCUUUGCUAUUGUGAGUAGUGCCGCAAUAAACAUACGUGUGCAUGUGUCUUUAUAGCAGCAUGAUUUAUAAUCCUUUGGGUAUAUACCCAGUAAUGGGAUGUCUGGGUCAAAUGGUAUUUCUAGUUCUAGAUCCCUGGGGAAUCGCCACACUGACUUCCACAAUGGUUGAACUAGUUUACAGUCCCACCAACAGUGUAAAAGUGUCCCUAUUUCUCCACAUCCUCUCCAGCAUCUGUUGUUUCCUGACUUUUUAGUUUUCUUAACGGUGUCCUAUAAGUCUUGUCAGCUUUCUGCAAUUUUUAUCAUUCCUUUUAUUACUCUGACCGGGUAAUUUCAAAUGACCUGUAUCUGAGCAUGCUGAUUCUUUCUCCUGCUCAAUCUAGUCUGCUGCUGAAGCUGUUUGUGAAUUUUUUCAAUUCAGUCAUUUUGUUCUUCAGCUCCAGAAUUUCUGUUUGGUUCUUUUUUAUGGUUCCUAUCUAUCUUUUUGUUGAACUUCUAAUUUUGCUCAUGUAUUCUUUUCCUGAUUUUGUUUACUGUCUAUCCAUAUUGUUUUGUAGCUCAUUGAGCUUUCUUAAGGCAAUUAUUUUUAACUCUUUGUCAUGCAGUAUAGAUCUCCAUUUCUUUAGGGUCAUCUCCUGCUGCUUUAUUUCCUUCCUUUGGUGGUUUCUUGUUUCCCUGGUUAUUUGUGAUCAAUGUGGCCUUGCACUGAAGUAGGCACCUAUUUCAGUCUUUAUGUACGAGCUUCAGCAGAGGAAGCCAUUCACUAGUCAGAUUGACCAGAGAUUGUGGGUGGCCUGUCUGUUGGGGUCUAUGCACAGGAUUUCUGCUGGAGUUCUAAGGUGGGCAGGGCUGUAUUCUGGGUUCAUUCAUUGUGGUUGUCUGUAUUCUGUGCACAAGGACUGGUUUGAAGCAUGGAUCCUUGGGGGCUGACUUGGCACUGAAAUGAGCCCUAAGCCUGAGUCUGCAGGGGCCAGCCUAACAUAGGGAUCACCUGGCACCUGAGUUCAUGGGGAUAGGUCUGUUCCUGAGUUUAUUCAGGCCGUCCUGGGACCAAGGUCCACUGGGGUGAGCCCAGCAUCUGGGUCCACAUGGCCCAGCGUGGAUCAAGAUCUCUGGAGGCUGACCUGGUGCUGGAUCUGCAGGGGAUGGCCUGGAUUCUAGGCCCAUGGGUACCAACUUAGAGCCUUGGGUUGCUGGGGCUAAUGUGGAGGCUAGAGUCUUGGGGGCCAGGCUAGAGCUGGAACAGGCCUGAAGUCUAGGUCUUCUGCGGCCAUCUUGGAGCCUGAAGCCCCAGGGGCUGACCUGGUCUCGGGUGAACAUGGGGCUAAGGCCACAGAGGCCGGUCUGGUCUGUGGCAGGCCUGCAUCCUGGUGCUGGGGUUUACUGGAGUGGGCUUGGUGCUUGGGAUCUGUGGUGAAGUUGGGCGCUAUCUUAACUGCCCCUCCUCCAUGCAAGAGGGUAUCUCUCUCCAUACUGUGCUGCCCAGGCUUGAAGGUGGGAUGACACUGGUAAUGUGAAAUUGCCCUUCCUGUACACUUCAAUGUGUCUUUUCUUAUUUCUGUGCUGCAACCAGGUGGUAUAACCUCUCACCUGAUUCCUUAGCUCUAGUGAAGUUAUUUUCGUGCAUGGUUACUUGUUCAAAUUGAUGUUUUUGCAAGGGAUGAGCGCUAGAAACUCCUGUUCUGACAAACUCCUAUUCCUAUUCUUGCUGACAUCACUCCCUGAAAUAGUUAAUAUACUUAACAGCUGAACACGGAUAGGAUGUUCAUGGAAUAUGUUGACAGGACAAAAAGUUGAAACUGUUGGCAGAAACCCAAAGUCAAUAUUGAAGCCAGGCAAAAUAUUGCCUGCAGUGCCACAUUAGAACAGCUUGAAGACCGUUCAUUUUUAAGUGACAAGAGACUCACCUCCAAGAAGCAAUUGUUUUCAGAAUGAUUUUAUUCAAGCAAGCAACUUAUUUCAUUUCCUUGUUUGCUACAGUUUCCUGUGAAGAGAAUACAGAGGCCUGAGUUGUUGGUGCUAUUUUGCUACUACUUGGAGCUUGAGAGUAAUGGUAACACCACGACUGGAGCUAGCAGAAGGAGACAUAUCGUCCACUGAUGCUAUCAGAUGUCUGACUCAACUAUAUGAAAACACCUUCUUCAGAGGUGGGGAUGUAGCUUCCAUGUACACCCCAAACGCCCAGCACUGCCAGAUGAGGUGCACAUUCCACCCAAGGUGUUUGCUAUUCAGUUUUCUUCCAGCAAGUUCAAUCAGUGACAUGGAGAAAAGGUUUGGUUGCUUCUUGAAGGAUAGUGUUACAGGAACCCUGCCAAAAGUACAUCGAACAGGUGCAAUUUCUGGACAUUCCUUAAAGCAAUGUGGUCAUCAAAUAAGUGCUUGCCACCGAGACAUUUAUAAAGGAAUUGAUAUGAGAGGAGCCAAUUUUAAUGUAUCUAAGGUUAGCAGUGUUGAAGAAUGCCAAAAAAGGUGCACCAAUAACAUUCGCUGCCAAUUUUUUUCAUAUGCCACGCAAACAUUUCACAAUGCAGAGUACCGGAACAAUUGCGUAUUAAAGUACAGUCCCGGAGGAACACCUACCGCUAUAAAGGUGCUGAGUAACGUGGAAUCUGGAUUCUCACUGAAGCCCUGUGCCCUUUCAGAAAUUGGUUGCCACAUGAACGUCUUCCAGCAUCUUGCAUUCUCAGAUGUGGAUGUCGCCACGGUUCUCACUCCGGAUGCUUUUGUGUGUCGAACCAUCUGCACCUAUCACCCCAACUGCCUCUUCUUUACAUUCUAUACACAUGCGUGGAAAAUCGAGUCACAAAGAAAUGUUUGUCUUCUUAAAACAUCUGAAAGUGGCACACCAAGUUCCUCUACUCCUCAAGAAAACACCAUAUCUGGAUAUAGCCUUUUAACCUGCAAAAGAACUUUACCUGAACCCUGCCAUUCUAAAAUUUACCCGGGAGUUGACUUUGGAGGAGAAGAAUUGAAUGUGACUUUCGUUAAAGGAGUGAAUGUUUGCCAAGAGACUUGCACAAAGAUGAUUCGCUGUCAGUUUUUCACUUAUUCUUUACUCCCAGAAGACUGUAAGGAAGAGAAGUGUAAGUGUUUCUUAAGAUUAUCUUUGGAUGGUUCUCCAACUAGGAUUACGUAUGGGACAGAAGGGAGCUCUGGUUACUCUUUGAGAUUGUGUAACACUGGGGACAGCUCUGUCUGCACAACAAAAACAAGUGCACGCAUUGUUGGAGGAACAAACUCUUCUUGGGGAGAGUGGCCCUGGCAGGUGAGCCUGCAGGUGAAGCUGACGGCUCAGAGGCACCUGUGUGGAGGGUCACUCAUAGGACACCAGUGGGUCCUCACUGCUGCCCACUGCUUUGAUGGGCUUCCCCUACAGGAUGUUUGGCGCAUUUAUAGUGGCAUUUUAAAUCUGUCAGACAUUACGAAAGAAACACCUUUCUCACAAAUAAAAGAGAUUAUUAUUCACGAAAACUAUAAAGUCUCAGAAGGGAAUCAUGAUAUCGCCUUGAUAAAACUCCAGGCUCCUUUGAAUUAUACUGAAUUCCAAAAACCAAUAUGCCUACCUUCCAAAGGUGACACAGACACAAUUUAUACCAACUGUUGGGUAACCGGAUGGGGCUUCUCGAAGGAAAAAGGUGAAAUCCAAAAUAUUCUACAAAAGGUGAACAUUCCUUUGGUAACAAAUGAAGAAUGCCAGAAAAGAUAUCAAGAUUAUAAAAUAACCCAACGGAUGGUCUGUGCUGGCUAUAAAGAAGGGGGAAAAGAUGCUUGUAAGGGAGAUUCAGGUGGUCCCUUAGUCUGCAAACACAAUGGAAUGUGGCGUUUGGUGGGCAUCACCAGCUGGGGCGAAGGCUGUGCCCGCAGGGAGCAACCUGGUGUCUACACCAAAGUCGCUGAGUACAUGGACUGGAUCUUAGAGAAAACGCAGAGCAGUGAUGGAGAAGCUCGGAUGCAGUCACCAGCAUGAGAAGGAGUCCAGAGACUAGGCAAUUCUUACAACCCGAGUUCAAGUCAAAUUCUGAGCCUGGGGGUUCUUAUGUGCAAAGCAUGGAGAGUGGCAUCUUCUUUGCAUCCUGUCACAAGGACAGAAGACACAGUGCACUCAGAGCUGCUGAGGACAAUGUCUGGCUGAAGCCCGCUUUCAGCAUAUGCCAUAACCGGGAGCUGACAAUGCGAGAUCGCAACUGAGAUCUCCAUGAUUGUGUGUUGUGAAAUAAAAUGGUAAAAGAUCA